UGAAACUUUGAUUGUUAAACUUGUCAAAAACUGCUCGGAAAUCACUUGCAGAGACAAAGUUCAAAUGGCGGCUGAUUCUUUUGAUGGAUCGGAGAUCACUCGCGUAGUUUUUCCCGACGGAAUGAACUUCCAUCCAGAAAUCGUCAUCGAAGCGGCCAAUGUACCUGAUGAACAUCAAGUGGCCGUCUAUACUUGCAUCAAAUUCUUAUACACAAGCUAUCGUACGACUGUUGUGGAUGCAUUCUUCAAAGAAUACGUUUUCUCCUUGGAUAACCUGGCAAAUGCUGAUCCAAUAAAUGCCAUCGUGAGCGCAUUUGCCGAUUUCGUUGAAGAGAAAUGUCAAGACAUGGAAAAAGAUCUCAUUGCUGUUAUCGAAGAAGAAGUCAAAGGUAUCGCUGAUUUUGGUGGCGUAAAUGAUUCCGGUAUGCUGAUCCGUCCCCGAAGCGUACAGAAGAGAAAGGAUACAAACGGUCCCGAAUCUACCGUCAAGAGAAAGAUCCGGAGACUGGUAGCUCCAUCCGCCGCUUCGGAACUUGAGGAUGAAGACGACGAAGCAACUCCAAUAUCUUCUCCCUCUCCUUCAAGUCGCUUGGGCUCCUCUAGCAAACGUUCACUCAAGCUCAACCGAAAGACCGAUCGCUCCACGAGACCCAAACCCACACCCAAGAAAGGGAAAUACUUCGACAGUGAUUUGGAAAGUGACACAGGCAUUGAAAAUGAUCGCAUUCUUACGCAAGCAAUUGAUGAUAUUUUCAGUCGAGUGAAGAAUUGGCACGGUACAAUGUGUGUUGGUGUUCGUCUUUUACUGAAACACUGGCCCCACAAGCUCAUUAAAAAAGAGCUGAAAAAGGGUGCCGGUCCUAUCGUUCAUGAACUGAUUGAAUCAUUCCACACGGGAGACAGCAUCACAGUUGCAACUGUAACCGAAUUGGCCAAAAAAGCCAAGUUUAAGGAUGCAUGCACGAUCAUGUUGGCAAUCAAUUGGAACGAUGACUAUUUGAGCAAACUCAAGAAGGUUUGCGAGAAUGACAAGAUUCAUGCUGCCUUUUUGACAGCAACGGCAAACAUUGAUGCUACCGUUAAAGCAUUGAGUGAGAAUUGCCUAGAACGUCAAGCCGAAUCAAUCCCGCUGUACUCCGAAGAGGGUAUUCGUGAUAACGACUUUUUCCCGGUACUUGUCUGGAGUCCCACAGAUGACGUUGAUUUCUACAAAGGUAAUCAGGCUCUCAAAACCUCCAAAGAGGUUCGUGAAGCUAUGAGCGUGCUUGCAAAGAGCGUGUUUAUUGCCUUGUGCACAAAGAUGAACUUCUCAGGUAGUUUCCAUAAGGAAUUAAAGAACAUCUUACCAGAAGCCAAGGCUCUUCACGGUUUAAAUGAUACUUUCGGUCUAGAACAUGCUUUCAGCCGUAAUGAGCCUUUACCAAUCGUAAAGAGUGAUGCAAACCCGCGAACAGCAAUCGUUCCGACACCCAAAAAGACUAAGCAAGUUGCACCUGCUUCUUCACCCAGGAAAACAUCACCAAAGAAAGGAAGAAAGAGUGGUACGAUUGACUAUGACUCAAUGCUGAACGAUUUCAUCAAUCCUGAUACGGGACUUCGAUGUGAUUUGCAGACGUACGGUGCUGGCGGUUUGCGUGCUAUUGUUCGAUUGAGUAGCAAAGAAAACAUCUUUAUGCCUUUGGACAAAUACAAAAAGGAUGAAAAGCUCUCUGAAGGUGAUUUUGUAUUUAUCAAGAUGGUACCCGAGAAGAGCAAUUCUUUUACAAAGGAUGGGAAAUUGAAAGGCGCAAAAGUCUUGAUUCGCAAAGAUGAAAAGGGAUCAAGUUGGUUCCCAUUCUUGUUUCCCUUUAGUGAGAAAGGUGGUGCUCUUUGGAUUCAAAAGUUGCUCAAAGAGCACUUCAAGGAUUGAUAGUACAAAAGGCUACUGUAUUCGUGUUUCUCAUCGGUUUCGUUCUCUCUUGUUCAACUUGUUCCGAUUGUCCCGUCGCAUUUCCCAUCACAGUAAUCGUUGAUCGAUCAGUUUCGGCAUUUCUUUCCCGCAACCAAUGUUUUAUAGUCAUGUUCCCA